UGUUGACUGGCAUGGAAGCUGUACUGUAUUAUAAGAGUGGCGCGGUCUACGGCGUGCUCUCCUCUCAGUCCUUUGCCGAGUCUUCGUCAGAUAUCUCGUGUUUACGAACGAGCCUGCAGCAGUGCAGCAGUUGAGGAGAACAGUGAUCUCCUUGUACGGAGGUAAAUUAAAGCCUGGCUGCCCGUCCCACGCCAAAUCGCCCGUCCUCCUUUGUUGACCCCCUGAGCCGCUUAAAAAUAGAGGCUUUUCUCGCUUUUCUCUCUCUCUCGCCUCCCCACUAUCUACGGUGGCCGGAUCAGCUUCCCUGUUCUCGUUCUUCGCGUCGCCAAAACUCGAGACAAGCAGACAGGCAUCCCGGUCGGUCUUUUUGGCUUUGAUUUGGUUUGCUUCCUCAACUCCAAGCAUUUGCGUGAAGAUCGAAGCACUGCUCUCAUCAACGGCUCCUUUUCCUUCCUCGACUUCUCCGCAACAACCACGACGCUCGCUAAUUUCCUAACGUUCGUUCAUACAUUCGCUAUUGUCUGGUGAGAAGAGAAGGAUUCUGCUGCACCACACACACUCUGCAUAUCCCUACUGCCUUCGUUACCUGGGGGAUUUAGAAGUAUCACCAACACACGACACGCUGCAACCUCAGAAAUCCAUUGCACACCACAAACAACCCAUUAUCCAGGCUAUCCACCAGCCGCACCGUAUAUAGAGGAUAACGCUUCGCCCAGAGGGUUUCGACCCGAAUAAUCAACAUGGCCUUGAACAACCAAGGCGGCGGAGGCGCCCAUUCCCAACCUUCACUUCCUGCCCUCCCUGCACAUCUACAAUCCGACACCCAUCUUACAGCACAUCUGGCCAGUCGCUUCCAUGUGUCAUUACCAACUGCUCAACUAUCUUCACACGCGUUAAUAUGCCUCAAUACUUAUUCUUCUUCGAGCAAGGGACCGGAUGGUGGAAAGGAGGGAAGUGCUAUGGGCGGAGCUGAGGAUUUGGCUGAGAAGGCAUACACCAGACUUGGAGCCCGUUCCGAGAACCAGGCUGUUGUGUUUCUGGGCGAAUCUGGAUCGGGUAAAACCACUGUUCGUUCUCACUUGUUGUCUGCUCUCCUCAGCAAGUCAUCCACACCUCUCUCCACCAAACUGUCCCUCGCGGCCUAUGUAUUCGAUAGUUUGACGACUACAAAAACUGCAACUACCCCAACAGCAUCAAAGUCCGGCCUGUUUUUCGAACUUCAAUAUGACACCUCCUCGACUGUCAACCCAACACUCAUUGGAGGAAAAGUUUUGGAUCACAGGUUGGAGCGGAGCCGAGUAGCAUCUGUCCCAACCGGAGAGCGAAGUUUCCAUGUUUUGUAUUAUCUUUUGGCCGGAACGAGUGCUGCGGAAAAAUCCCAUCUUGGAUUGGACACCCCUGGAGCCCUUUCUGGUGUGGUUCAUCAAAACCAGUCAGGCAAUAGACACUCCCUCGGGCCGCAACAGAAGAGAUGGAGAUAUCUAGGACAUCCAACACAGUUGAAGGUUGGGAUUAAUGACGCCGAGGGUUUUCAGUUAUUCAAGACCGCGCUCCGAAAGCUGGAAUUUCCCCGCAGCGAGAUUGCUGAGAUCUGCCAGGUCUUGGCCAGCAUUCUGCACAUCGGACAACUAGAAUUCGAAACGACUGAAGAUACAGCUGUCACUGGAGAUGAGAGUGGUGGUUACUCGCACGAAGGCGGACAAUCUGUGACCGGUGUGAAGAAUAAGGAGGUGCUUGGAAUAGUGGCAGCUUUCCUCGGAGUCAGUGCUCAAGAUCUGCAGACCACUCUAGGCUAUAAGACCAAGAUUCUGCACAGAGAGCGAGUCACUGUUAUGCUCGAUCCAAAGGGAGCCCGAAGCAACGCAGAUGAGCUUGCGAGAACUCUGUACUCCCUCUUGGUAGCAUAUGUGAUUGAAAGCAUUAAUCAGAGGGUCUGCGCCGUCGAAGAUACCGUCGCCAACACUAUUUCGAUCAUCGAUUUCCCUGGCUUCUCCCAACAACAGCCAACAGAUUCAACUCUUGACCAGCUUCUGAAUAAUGCUGCUACCGAGUCUCUUUACAACUUCACCCUCCAGAGCUUUUUUGAGGGCAAGGCAGAGAUGCUCGAGAGCGAGGAAGUCAGCGUGGCGCCGACCAGCUACUUUGAUAAUUCAGAUGCUGUUAAGGGUCUUCUCAAGCACGGAAACGGUUUGUUGAGCAUAUUGGAUGAUCAAACAAAGCGUAACAGAACCGACAUGCAGCUACUAGAAAGUCUUCGAAAGCGCUUCGAGGGCAAGAACCCAGCCAUCUCUGUCGGAAGUGCAACCGCUAAACUUCCUGGAAGCAACUUUGCAACUCAUAAUGCUGCUGCGUCUUUUGCCGUAAAGCAUUUCGCAGGCGAAGUUGAAUAUCCAGUUGCCGGCCUGGUAGAGGAGAAUGGAGAAGUCAUUUCAGGAGAUCUGAUGAACUUGAUUGCCUCAACUAAGAGCGAGUUUGUUGGCCAACUCUUCGGACAAGAAGCUUUGCAAACAGUCGUACACCCUCAAGAGAAGACCACCAUCAUGCAAGCGCAGGUCAGCUCGAAGCCUUUGCGAAAGCCAAGUGUGAUGAGAAAGAAGGGCGACAGACCAGCCAAGUUCGCAGGUCGCGACACUACCAAGGAAAUCUUCUCCGAGUCGGUAGAAGAAUUGGGAAAUGGCGACGACGAUGCUAAAAGCCGUAGAGGUCGUAACAUCGACCAAGGAGCUGCCGCCCAAUUCUUGUCGUCUCUGGAUAACGUCACCAAGUCUCUCACCGCGCCAAACACGAAUCCCUACUUUGUGUUCUGUCUCAAACCGAACGAUCGCCGCAUUGCCAACCAGUUUGACAGCAAGUGUGUCCGGACUCAAAUCCAGACCUUUGGCAUUGCAGAGAUCAGUCAACGACUGCGAAAUGCAGAUUUCAGUCUCUUCUUACCAUUUGGUGAAUUCCUUGGACUUGCUGACGCAGAGACUAUUCUGGUUGGCAGUGAACGAGAGAAGGCUGAGAUGGUUGUGGAUGAAAAGAGGUGGCCAGCAAAUGAAGCCAAAAUUGGCAACACUGGUGUCUUCUUGAGUGAACGAUGCUGGUCAGAAAUUGCCAAACUUUCAGAGCGCGGCUACGUUCAAGGCAGAUAUCCAACCCAGUCGGAUGAUGGCGGCGAUAUGCUGUCUCCAGGUGAUAUUCAUGGCACGUAUGGUCAAUCAAAAGAGCGUCUUCUUGGCACACCUGGAGGACUGAGCCCAGGCUAUGGAGACAAGAAAUCGGGCUACUUCGGUAGCAAUGACAUCGAUACUCGCUCAGAUGCUGGUGCUUCGGCACUCGGCGGUGGGGAUAUGUUUCGAAACCUCGAUACCCGCGCACAGAUGGCUGAGAAGGGUAAUGAAAAGGCAAUGGUGGAGGUUGAAGAAGUCAAGACCACAGGCACUCGAAAGAGGUGGGUUUUCCUGGUCUACAUGAUGACCUGGAUGAUCCCGGACUUUGCAAUUCGCUUAAUUGGUCGCAUGCCUCGCAAAGAUGUUCGGAUGGCGUGGAGAGAGAAGCUCGCAAUCAACAUGAUGAUCUGGAUCAGUUGUCUCUUCGUCGUCUUCUUCAUCGUCAUUUUCCCGCUGCUCAUUUGUCCCAAACAACACGUCUACAGUGCUGCUGAGUUGACAUCACACAACGGAAAGGGCUCGCAUGCAUAUGUCUCCAUCCGCGGGCAGGUUUUCGACCUGUCAGACUUUGCACCUUCGCAUUAUCCCUUCAUCGUUCCUCAGAAGCAAGUAUUGAAGUAUGCCGGUCUGGAUGCUACAUCUCUCUUCCCUGUUCAGGUCUCUGCUCUCUGUCAAGGUGUCAAUGGAACGAUCGACCCUGCCGUGCAGCUCGACUACACAAAUGCCAAUACCACCGGCUCAGCAAAAGUUAUCAGCACUACUGAUGACAACUUCAAGUACCAUGAUUUCCGAGCCUUCACAAAUGACAGUCGACCGGACUGGUUCUUCGAGCAGAUGAUGAUGCUCAGAGCUGGUUACAAGAAAGGAAACAUCGGUUACACGAGCAGCUACGUCAAGAAACUGGCUGCUAAGAGCAAUGCAAUCGCUAUACUCAAUGGUCGCGUCUACGAUUUCACCAAAUACACUCAAGGAGGUCGCCGAGUUCUAGUGAAAGCCGGCGAAGAGGUCCCAACUGAUAUCAACACCAAUUUCAUGGAUCCUUUGGUUGUGGACUUGUUCCAACAGAAGGCCGGUGAGGAUGUCACAAAAUACUGGAAUGCUUUGGCCAUCGACGAAGGGAUGCGUACUCGAAUGUCUACUUGUCUUGACAACCUUUUCUACGUUGGAGAUGUUGACACCCGAAAUUCCGUGAAAUGUCAAUUUGCUGAGUACCUGAUCUUGGCUAUUUCUGUCAUCCUGCUCGCCGUCAUUGGCUUCAAAUUCGCUGCAGCCCUGCAGUUUGGAACGAAGAACGUCCCCGAAAACCUUGACAAGUUCAUCAUAUGCCAAGUUCCAGCUUACACCGAGGACGAAGAGUCUCUUCGUCGUGCCAUCGACUCUGCUGCGCGGAUGAAGUAUGAUGACAAGCGCAAACUUCUCGUCGUUAUCUGUGACGGAAUGAUUAUCGGCCAAGGAAACGACAAGCCAACUCCACGCAUCGUGCUCGAUAUCCUUGGUGUCUCCGAAACCGUUGAUCCCGAGCCCCUCAGCUUUGAAUCGCUUGGUGAGGGCAUGAAGCAGCACAACAUGGGAAAAGUCUACUCGGGACUUUACGAAGUCCAAGGCCACAUUGUGCCCUUCUUGGUCAUCGUUAAGAUCGGUAAGCCCUCUGAGGUCUCACGCCCUGGAAACAGAGGAAAGCGUGAUUCCCAAAUGGUCAUGAUGCGGUUCUUGAACAGAGUCCACUACAACAGCGCCAUGAGUCCAAUGGAGCUUGAGAUGUACCACCAGAUUCGGAAUAUCAUUGGUGUCAAUCCCACUUUCUACGAGUACCUGUUACAAAUUGAUGCCGACACUGCUAUUGCUCCAGAUUCUGCAUCCCGAUUCGUUUCUGCGUUCAUCGACGACACCAGACUGAUCGGAUGCUGUGGAGAAACAGCCCUGAGCAACUCAAAAUCGUCCUUCGUCACUAUGAUCCAGGUUUACGAAUAUUACAUUUCCCACAACCUUGCCAAAGCAUUCGAAAGUUUGUUUGGAAGUGUUACCUGUUUACCUGGAUGUUUUACCAUGACCCGCAUCCGCGCAGCCGAGUCCGGGAAGCCACUCUUUGUCAGUCGAGAGGUCGUCGAGGCGUAUGCCGAAAUCCGUGUCGAUACUCUCCAUAUGAAGAAUUUGCUUCAUUUGGGUGAAGAUCGUUACUUGACUACACUCCUGCUCAAGCACCAUCCCAAGUACAAGACGAAGUACAUCCGAAACGCACACGCCUGGACUGUCGCUCCUGAUUCCUGGAAGGUCUUCCUCUCUCAACGUCGUCGCUGGAUCAACUCUACUGUGCACAAUCUGGCCGAGCUGGUUCCUAUGUCACAACUCUGCGGGUUCUGCUGCUUCAGUAUGCGCUUCAUUGUGUUCAUCGAUCUGCUCUCUACUAUUGUUCAACCUGUCACUGUUGCCUACCUCGUCUACCUGGUUGUACUGGUCAUCACGAAUCCAAGCACUGUGCCCAUCAUUGCAUUUAUUCUUCUGGGUGUUAUAUAUGGUUUACAAGCUAUCAUUUUCAUUCUCCACCGAAAGUGGGAAAUGAUCGGGUGGAUGAUUCUGUACAUUCUCGCCAUUCCAGUCUUCUCCUUCGGUCUGCCACUGUACAGCUUCUGGCACAUGGAUGAUUUCUCCUGGGGUAACACUCGAGUGGUCACCGGAGAGAAGGGUCGCAAGAUCGUCAUCACCGACGAGGGCAAAUUCGACCCAGACUCCAUUCCACACAAGAAAUGGGAGGAGUACCAGGCUGAGCUCUGGGAAGCCCAGACCAUGAAGGACGACCGCUCCGAAGUCUCUGGCUACUCAUACGGCACCAAGCACCUCGCUGCAGCUUCUGAGUACAACUACGCACCUUCGCGUCCCAUGUCUCAAGUUGGAGGUAACUACCCGUACGAUGCCAAGAACGCCAAUAUGUACAACUCGCGCAUGUCUCUGGCACCUUCUGAUGCCAUGGGCAUGGACUACCGCCAGAGCCAGUAUGGUGGUUCCCAAUUCUUUGGCCAGCAGGAACUCGAGCUAUCCAACCUCGCUGGUCUGCCGAGUGACGAUGCCAUCCUGGCGGAGAUCAGAGAGAUUCUGAAGACGGCGGAUUUGAUGACUGUCACGAAGAAGAGUAUCAAGGUUGAGUUGGAGAAGAGAUUCGGAAUUCCACUUGAUGCUAGGAGAGCAUAUAUCAACUCGGCUACCGAAGCAUUGCUCUCUGGCCAAUUGUGAUCGGAGAUAUGUAAAGAACAUGUUUGAUGCAUAUAAUUGGAGUAUUUAUACAACUAAAUGUGUUUUGAAAAGCUUUGGGGUGGGGUGUAGCGAUAGUGUUGGCUUAUUUGUUGUUCUGGGUGGGGCAGUCUUGUUCACUCGCUUGGGUUUUUAGUGCUAUCUGUCGAUUUGGCUGGCGUUGUUCAUCUUUGGGAUAAGGUGAUGGUGCAUGCAUUUUGGACAAUAUGACCAGAGGAAGAUAAUAAUAUCAACCAGUUCUUGCUUAUGCUCAACUUUGCUCAAUCGAAUUAUUAUUCCUGUAUCAUCACAUCAUCACUUUGCUUUUGCGGUCACAUUGCACUCAAAACCGAGGGUUUCUAAAAGUUCUGGCGUUUGCCUGUCACUGUGUGCGAGAAUCUAUUCACUCUUUCAUCUAUCCAUGAUGACUAAGAGAAGAGCCAAGAAAAGAUCAGAACUCCUCUCCGAAGAUAAGAGAACCAUGCCAUCCUCUCCCAGCCCAGAACGAAGACCGCAAUUAGUUCAGAUAGUGCAAAGUCUGUCCAAGCGGACCACCAGUGUUCAAAAGGACAAGAAAGGAGAUCUCAUGCAUGCUGACGCCCAAAAGUAAGAAAGCAACUAUGAUUUCCAACCAACCACCGAGUGAACCAAAUGAAAGCCUUAGCGUUUCCAUAUUACACCUGUCUGCAAGGCCAAUGCUUGAAGGACUCAGGUGUCAAGGCCGAGUGUUUAGAUUCUGUGUGGAUGGUGUGGUGUAUUUAGUGCUUGACUAAGGCAUGUGGCACUGUGAGGGAAUGUAUGUCAGUCCAGGUACGGUGAGGGGGUGAAGAGGGGAGGAAGACUGAUAAAAGGAGAAGGAAGGGAAGACAUACACGGCCGUAGGCUGAGCAGCGGUUGCAGAUACCUUGGCAUUGCAAGUGGUUAGAGCAUUGCUCCCAGCAACCCUUGUAAGCGAUAGUGUCAACAGCCUCAUCACGGGGAAGGGAGACUGGGGCAGCUACAACUUCAGCCUCAGUCUCGACACCCUCAUCGCGCUUGUAGGGACGGUGGCACUAUUCAUAUGAUCAACGUCAGCUCUCUCACUCUCUCAUAGCGAAAACAGAGGGUAUAUCAAGGAAGGAAGUUGGAAGAGGAUGCCAUUUAGAGAUGGAAGACAGAAUGGAAGACAUACACGGCCAUUGACGGAGCAGCGGUAGCAGAGACCCUGGCAUUGAAGGUGGUUAGAGCACUGCUCCCAGCAGCCCUUCUCAGCGGAACGGGCUCCGAGAGGGAGGAGAGCGUUGGUGUUUGGGCUGGAGAGAGUGCCGGCUGGGAUAGCAACGACGAAAGAGAGGAGGGUAGAGACGAUGGUGAGGAUGAAAGUGGUGCGCAUCUUGACUGAUGUUGCUUGUUUUUUGUGUUUGGAAAUGUAGUAGGUGUUGGUGUUUGGAGUUUUGUCUUGGAAGACGAGAUGUCGUGUGUAUGUGUGUUUGGUGUUGAGCAAGGAAACAGAAAUCUGUCUUGAGGUCGAGAAGGGGUUUUUAUAUAGGUUUGGAGACGAAGAGGCAGGUCGGAACUAUAAAAGCUAGGCCAAAUUGGGACCGGCGAGGAGGAAAAAUGAGUGGCAUUCACUCAUAGUAUAUUUCUUUGUUGUCUCGUUGGCG